ACACAUCUUAUCCAUCAAAACAAUGUCGGGACGAGACAUCAAGCCCCGACUACCAGCGCACCCAGGUCCGCGUCGUUCAAAGCCAGUGCUCGUCGCUGCAGCUGCAGCCGAGGCUGACGGCACCGCUGGCCCAUCGACCUCGACUGCCCCGCCUGCUCGUUCUCGAGCGAGGGCACCGGCGGCUGACCCGGACGCGAUGCAUGUCGACUCAGCUCCCGAGGCUUCUGCUCCACCAGCACCUCGACCAGUGGCCGUUGCUGCAGUUGCGGGCCCAAGCACUGCGUCGCGGUCGGCGACCCCCACUGGUCCCAACAGCGGCGCGAACAUGCCGGCACUGAGCGGGGGAGAGCCGGCGGCAUCUGGCGUGGCGAAGAUGAAGUUCAAGCCCAAGAUGCCCAUCAGGCGAACGGUUCAGGAGCCAGAGGUCAAGGCCGAGCCCACGCCGGCUCCAUCGACACGAGGACGGGGCGCGCCGCGCGGGCGUGGACGAGGUGCGGGCCCGGGACGCGGAGGUCGUCCCCAGCAGGUGGCGUCACAAACGAUCGCCGCCGGUCCCUUUGGCGGCACACGCCCCGGUGCGUCGCGCCGAGCCGUCGUUGCGCCCCCACCGCCAGCUCGCCACAUGGGCGACGUGACCAGCGUCGAGGUGUACUCGGACAAUGAGGAUGGCUCGCGCCCCGGCGUCAUCGACAUUGACGCAGUUUCGGCCCUCAGCGAGAGCGCUCCGACGUCGCUUUACCGUGACCGUGAUUUGGACGGCGGCAAGGCCAAGCUUAAGGAGGAGAAGAUGGCGCGUCUGAAGGAGAUCAAGAAGGCGCGCAAGGCCGAGAGGCGGCGCCGCACUGAGACGGCGGCGUCGCGUGCGCGCACAGACGACGACGUCGACAUGGGUGGUGUUCGUGUCAAGGCCGAGCCCCUGUCGCCGUCUGCGUCCCACGCGGCUCUGCUCGACCCCAACGCUGGUGUCCCCGCACCCCUCGUCCGUGUCGGCGACCGGAUGCUCCCCGCGGACGUUCAGCAAGACCGCGACGCUGACGGCCGACUUGUUCGCAACUUUGUCUCUGGCACCACUGAAUCGACGCCAGAGACGGAUGUCGAGUUCAACAAGGCUCAGGCUGUCGACCUGUCCGAGUCGGAGGAGGAGGAAGAGGAGGACGACCUCGACGGCGACUUUGUGGAGAAGGAGGGCGGCGACAACCCCGAAGACAAGCUGUUCCUCUUCCAGUUCCCAAGCCAGAUGCCCAAGCUUGUUCGUCACGGCCCAAUCGACGCAACAGGCGACGUUGCCAUGGUCGAGGAAAAGCCCGACGUCAAGCCGACGGCUGCUGCGCUCAAGGCUCGCAAGAAGGACGCGGCUGCGGCCCCGCCGCCAGAGGGCAGGAUAGGCACGCUCGUUGUCAUGAAGAGCGGCAAGGUGAAGCUUGUCUUUGGCGAGGGCGACGCUGGCAUUGUCAUGAACGUAUCGGCAGGUGUCCCCACCACGUUCUUGCAGCAGCUGGUGCAUGUCGACACCAAGGCAAAGUCGGCCAACGUCCUUGGCGAGAUUCACAAGCAGUACACGGUCACGCCCGACAUUGACCGCCUGCUCGAGGAGUUGUUCCUCAACGGCGGCGAGACGCCCGGCGACCGCGAGAAGCGCGAGCUGAAGCGCAUCAAGAUGGAGGCGGGUCUGGUCAAGAUGGAGCCUGGCUCGCCAUGAGGCGCGCAUCACGACGCCGCGACGCUCCACAGGCCUCCGCCAAUCGUUAGACGACAUCACAUCCGGCCACUUUCGGCCGAUUCAUUCAUUGUACAUGCCAUGCAUGCUGGUUCUCAGCAGA